AUGAGUGAAAUUCAACCAAAAACAGAAGUUCCACCAAAAACAGUUGAAGAAGAAGAGGAAUCAGAUGAUGAAGAAGAUAACACAAAAGUAACUGAAGGAGGUAAUCCAACAGGUGGCGAAGGUGCAGCAAAAAAAAAGAAAAAGAAAAAUAAAAAGAAGAAGAAGGCAGCACCAGUUGCAAGUGCAGCAGAUAUUAUUGAUUCUAAACCAAUUCCAUCUGGUUUAGUUCAAACUAAUCCACCAACUAUUCCAGUUUCAAAACAAUUUUCAAAUGGUGUUUACCCAAUGGGUGAAAUUCAAGAAUAUAGAGAUAGUAAUUCAUAUCGUACAACAUCAGAAGAAAAAAGAUUAGAAGAACGUAUUCAUGCAAAUAUUUAUAAUGAUGUACGUAGAGCAGCAGAAGUACAUCGUCAAGUUAGAAAGUAUGUUCAAGGUAUUGUUAAACCAGGAUUAGGAUUAACAGAAUUGGUAGAAAGUUUAGAGAAUGCAUCAAGAACUUUAAUUGAAGCAGAUGGAUUGAAAGCAGGUAUUGCAUUUCCAACAGGUGUUUCAUUGAAUCAUAUUGCAGCUCAUUUCACACCAAAUACAGGCGAUAAGACCGUUUUGAAAAAGGAUGAUGUUUUAAAGAUUGAUUUUGGUACACAUGUCAAUGGUUAUAUCAUCGAUUGUGCAUUCACUGUGACAUUCGAUGAGAAAUAUGAUAAAUUAAAAGAUGCAGUACGUGAAGCCACCAACACUGGUAUCUAUCACGCUGGUAUUGAUGCACGUCUCGGUGAGAUUGGUGCUGCAAUCCAAGAGGUUAUGGAAUCCCACGAAAUCGAACUCAAUGGUAAAACCUACCCAAUUCGUUCCAUUCGUAAUUUGAAUGGUCAUUCAAUUCGUCCAUACGUCAUUCAUGGUGGUAAAACCGUACCAAUCGUUAGAGGUGGUGAAAUGACAAAAAUGGAAGAAGGUGAAUUUUAUGCAAUCGAAACUUUUGGUUCCACUGGUAGAGCUCAAGUCAUUGAGGAUUUGGAAUGUUCUCAUUAUAUGAAAACCGAUUAUCAAACCACUGUUAGAUUACCAAAAGCAAAACAACUCUUACAAUAUAUCAACAAAAAUUAUGAUACCCUUUGUUUCUGUCGUCGUUGGUUAGAUAGAGCAGGUGAAGAUAAACAUAUAUUGGCUUUAAAUAAUCUUUGUGAUUUAGGUAUCAUUCAACGUCAUGCACCAUUAGUUGAUUCAAAAGGUUCUUAUGUUGCUCAAUAUGAACAUACUUUAUUAUUAAAACCAACUGCAAAAGAAGUUUUAUCAAGAGGUGAUGAUUAUUAA